UGGGCAGAUCACCUGAGCCCAGGAGUUCAAGACCAGCCUGGGCAACGUGGCAAAACGCCGUCUCUACAAAAAAUACAAAAAUUAGCUGGUCAUGGUGGUACAUGCCUGUAGUCCCCGUUACUCAGGAGACCAAGGUGAGAGGAUCACUUUAGCCCAGGAGGUAGAGGUUGCAGUGAGCCAAGAUCGUACUACUGCACUCCAGCCUGGAUGACAGAGCAAGACCCUGUCUCAAAAAAAAGAAUAAAAAAUAAAGUACUCAUUUAUUGUUCUCCAUGGAUUGAUUCUAUGUCUUGAAGCAGUCCUCAAACUUUAAGGUGCAAAUAAGUCAUCUGGGGGGUCUUGUUAAAAAGCAGAUUCUUGGCCGGGUGCAGUAGGUAGCUCACGCCUGUAAUCCAGCACUUUGGGAGGCUGAGGCGAGUGGAUCACUUGAGGUCAGGAGUUCGAGACCAGCCUGGCCAACAUGGUGAAACCCCAUCUCUACUAAAAAUACACAAAAAUUAGCCAGACAUGGUGGUGGGCACCUGUAGUCCCAGCUACUCAGGAGGCUGAGGCAGGAGAAUCACUUGAACCUGGGAGGUGGGGAGGUUGCAGUGACAUGAGAUGGCACCACUGCAUUCCAGCCUGGGUGACAGAGCAAAACUCUGUCUCAAAAAAAAAAAAAAGCAGAUUCUGUAACAAAGGUCCAGGGCAGAGCCUGAGAUUCUGCAUUAGUAGCAAAGGCCCAAGUGAAGCCAGUGCUGUUGCUCUGCAGAACACCUUUGAAUGGCAGGCUUUUGAAAUAUUUUCUCAUUGGAAGAAUCUUCUGUAUUUAUUAAAUUCUGCUUAAAAUUAUUAACUUUCUUGUAUAUCCAUGUUCAUAACAGUAUUAUUCGCAAUAGCCAAAAGGUAGGAACAACCCAGGUGUCCAUUGACAGGGGACAGGGGGUGAGAAAUUUAUUUCAUGGACACAGAUUCAGUUGGAAAAGAUGAAAAAGCUCUGGAGAUGGAAGGCAGUGCAGGUGGCACAACAAUGUGAAUGUACUGAAUGCCACAGAACUGUGUACCUAAAACGGCUUAACACGGUAAGCUUCAUGUUAUGGAUAUGUUGCCACGGUGUUCACAAGUUAUUAACUCAAUCAGACUAUUUAAAUGCCCAGUAGAUUGCAUUCUGGGGAAAUGGCUGUUGUCAGGAAAAUUUUCAGUGAUUGCCACAAGGACCUCCCAUGGGUGGGGAAUGGAGUCUGGAGCACGGCUGCAUGGCUCAUGGAGAGAAUUUGCACGGCCAGGUAGCCCCUGGUCCACUUCUACCCGUAUCUGGCCAGGUGCAAAGAGCAUAGCUGUACCUUCUAUUAUCUCUCUCAAUUUCUUAUUUGCACUUUGCCCAUGUCUAUAGAAGGAAAAACUUCACUGGUUAGAAAUUACAUUCACGGCACCUGUAGUCCCAGCUACUCAAGAGGCUGAGGUAGGAGAAUGGCGUGAACCCGGGAGGCGGGGCUUGCAGUGAGCUGAGAUCGCGUCACUGCACUCCAGCCUGGGCGACAGAGCGAGACUCCGUCUCAAAAAAAAAAAAAAAAAAAAAAAAAAUUAUAUUCACGCCAGCCUGGGCAACAUGGCGAAACCCCAUCUCUAGAGAAAAAUACAUAAAUUAGCCAGGCGUGGUGGCGUGCGCCUGGGGUCCCAGCCACAAGCUGAGGCAGAAAAAAAAGUGGCUACUCAGCUACUCAAUGUUCACUCUUUAAAAAUGCUUUUCUGUCAUCCUCCACCAUCUCCCACACCCCACCAAGCAGCAAGGUAAUUCCCCAUUGCUUAGCAUCAUAUAGUUGCUUAUGUGACCUUGAGGAUGUCCACAUGUCACAAUGGACAGUCACUUAACACUAAGCAAUGACACAUGCUAGGAGUGGGGCUGGGCCUUGGGGCUGCUGGAUGAAUGAGACCCAGCCUCUGCCCUGGGAGUGCAGAGACUCAAGACAGAUAUGACCACGUGAAGAGACAACUGUAAAACAAGUGGUAGCCACAUUAGAAAAGGUGAAAGAGGCCAACAUAAUGGCUCACAUCUGUAAUCCCAGCACUAUAAGAGACUGAGGUGGGAGGAUCAUGUGAGGCCAAGAGUUGGAGACCAGCCGGGCAACAUAGCAAGACCCUGUCUCUACAAAAAAAAUUAUUUUAAAAGAGAAAAGGAAUUAGAGAAUAAAAUACCAGCACGAUGUUCCUCACUGGAGACACCAGUCCAGCUGAGGACAAUAGAGAAGCCACCCUUCCUCAAUGUUCACUUCCAGAAUUAUAUGCAUGUAUUGAGAAUUUUAAUAAGGAGAGCAAGAAAUCAAAUCUUCUAAAAAUGCAUGGUAUUUCACUUAACGAAGCACAGGAAGUACUUGCUAGAAACCUGAAUGUCAUGUCAUUCACCAGGGGCACUGAUGUGAGAGGAGAUCUCCAACCUGUUAUCAGGUGCACAGUGGUUAAAAAAGAGAAGCAAGCAUCCAUGACUGAGCUCCUCCACCGCAGCUUACUGGCAAGCUCACUCUCUCCCAUGGAGAGGCUCUCCAGGUCCCAGCAGAGGCUGUCACAGUGUGGGAUCUCCCCUCCCAAGCACACUUUUCCUUAUGAAAUUCUCACCGAUCACUCAAAUGCCUUGGCCCAAGUUACCGUACAGAAGGUUCCAAGCGCCAAAAUCUUAUGCAGCUUAGGCAUUUCCAGUGCCACCCCAGAAAAGUUCAUUUCUGGAGAUAAACUUUGUAGAUCCUUCUUAGUUGACCCAGGAAAACAAUUCAUGAAUCUAAGGGAUCUGGAAUGGAGAUAUUUUAAGGGGCUUGCGAAGUGGAGGCGCACUACGGCAAUUUCAUUCGGAGACAUAAAAUACAACACUGAGAAGAGAUUUGUAGAGAGCCAGGACAUGCCUGAUGUUAUUUUCCCCCCUAUAGUUCGCAAGUCUUCGGUCAUUUAUCCUCAAAUUGAUUAUCAAAAUGAAGGAAGUUAUUCUCUUAAAUGGAAUAUGUAGUGUAUUAAAAUAUUUUGGACAUAGA